AUGGACAAAUGGAGAGAGAUCAAAAUUGGUGAUAAGGAAUCAAAUUACGGAACGAUUGUCGAUGAAUUUUGGAGUCGACACAAAUUCCGUCGAAGGAGUCCGAAACUGACACGAAUCGACACGAAUCGACACGAAUCGACACAAGUUCACAAAUAUCAGUAUCUCAGAAUCUCAGAAUCUCAGAAUCUCAGAAUCUCAGAAUCUCAGAAUCUCAGAAUCUCAGAAUCUCAGAAUCUCAGAAUCUCAGGAUCUCAGGAUCUCAGAAUCUCAGAAUCUCAGAAUCUCAGAAUCUCAGAAUCUCAGAAUCUCAGAAUCUCAGAAUCUCAGAAUCUCAGAAUCUCAGAAUCUCAGAAUCUCAGAAUCUCAGAAUCUCAGAAUCUCAGAAUCUCAGAAUCUCAGGAUCUCAGAAUCUCAGAAUCUCAGAAUCUCAGAAUCUCAGAAUCUCAGAAUCUCAGAAUCUCAGAAUCUCAGAAUCUCAGAAUCUCAGAAUCUCAGAAUCUCAGAAUCUCAGAAUCUCAGAAUCUCAGAAUCUCAGAAUCUCAGAAUCUCAGAAUCUCAGAAUCUCAGGAUCUCAGAAUCUCAGAAUCUCAGAAUCUCAGAAUCUCAGAAUCUCAGAAUCUCAGAAUCUCAGAAUCUCAGAAUCUCAGAAUCUCAGAAUCUCAGAAUCUCAGAAUCUCAGAAUCUCAGAAUCUCAGAAUCUCAGAAUCUCAGAAUCUCAGAAUCUCAGAAUCUCAGAAUCUCAGAAUCUCAGACCCUCAGAAUUUCAAAAUCUCAGAAUCUCAGAAUCUCAGAACCAAGGAUCCAGGAAUCCAGGAAUCCAGGAAUCCAGGAAUCCAGGAAUCCAGGAAACCAGGAAACCAGGAAACCAGGAAACCAGGAAACCAGGAAACCAGGAAUCCUGAACCUCUAAAUCUUUGA